AUGGGUGUUCUGUCAAUGGCAGUGGCUGAACCUCUAGUUCCAUCACUUACCAUCUUUGGGGUUCGGUCGCUGACGUGGGAAACAACAACAAUCUCAUCACUCUCAUCAGGGCAAACUUCCCUCCUUCUGGAAGGGAUUUCGCCGAACAUAGACCAACUGGGAGCUCAAUAUAUGGGUUUCGACACGUACCCCCCACCCUAUCUAAGUCAAGAAGCGAGCUUGGGAGAUGUUCUGACUGGACCCAAUUUUGCUUCAGCUGCCUCUGGCAUGCUUGAUGGAACAGCCCACCUAUAUGGAGCGAUUUCAUUGACAAGGCAGCUAGAGAACUACAAGGAAUCCAGAGCUAGAGUUGAGAGCCAGGUGGGGUUCGAGAAAUCCACCGACAUAUUCUCUAAAGGGAUUCAUCUAUUGAGCACGGGAACCAGUGAUUUCGUUCAGAACUACUAUGUCGACCCUAUGCUCAACACCCUCUACACACCUGAUCAGUGGUCUGACAAGUUCAUGAAAUCUUAUGCUGACUUCAUUCAGAUGUGGUUUCAAGACUUUUUUGCUGCUUAA